AUGGCUAAUGUUAUAUCUUUAGUAGAUGGAUAUAUUUCAUUGUUGAAAUAUCGAAGUCCAACUUCUGGCCAGAUCAAUUUUAAUUCUUCAGUCACAGUCCUAUCUCCCACAGAUAUAUCAUCCUCUGUAGGAUCAUCUUUAACUUUAUCUUCACAUAUCUCAUCUUUAACUUCUAGCCCUAAUAGCGACAUUCCUACCACCACGAGCAUCUCUCCCGAUUUAUAUAUUUACGCCAAGGACGGAAGUGCGACAUUUCAGACAUUUUUCACUAAUACCCCUGCCACUUCUAAUUUUAACUUGAAUCCUGCCCCAUCACCAACUACUACUUCUGUUUCCACCCUGUCGUCACCAACAUUAACGUCUCCGACUAACAGUCUGACCUUGUCACCCUUAUCGACGUUAAGUCCGAGUCCUACCUCCCUUCCAAGUUCCACCACCAGUUCCACCACUAGUUCUAGUUCGAGUCUGACUUCUACGACAUUAUCUUCUAGUACCAGUUCUAGUACCAGUUCCAGUUCCAGCUCUAGUUCCAGUUCUAGUUCUAGUUCAAGUUCAAGUUCCUCGUCAUCUUCUACACAUUCUACCACAAGUGCAUCAAGUUCAAGUACUAUGACUUCGCUUGUAUCACCCACAAACACUCAGUUGUUUGGGGACUCAAGUGCUUCGAAUUCUUCGGCCCCUACAAGUUCGUUAUACUCAUCAUACUCUUCGUCAUCUGCAUCUGAGUCUAGUACAGACUCUUCUAGUUCCAGCAUCCAAAACUCCAGUUCUAGUUAUAGUUCUGUUUCCAGUUCUAGUUCUAGUUCAGUUUCCAGUUCUUCAGAUUCUUCCAGCUCAAGUGAUAGCUCUUCUGAGCUGUCCAGUAGCUCAUCUUCAAGUUAUAGCUCCAGUUCUAUUGCUUCUUCAAGCGAAGUUGAUUCAUCUUCACUGGUUGUUGCAGCCACAACGUCAAGUGAAUCAUCUUUGAUACCUUCUUCAUCAUCCAGUGCAUCAAGUUCUAUUUUUAGUUCAAGUUAUAUCAGUCCUAGCUCAAGUUCUGUAAUUUCAUCUAGCUCUUCUGACUUAACUUCGUCUAGUCACCAAGAAUCUUCUAGUCAUCAUACAUCUUCAAGUUCAAGUCCCAGUUCAUCCACUGAAGAAUCAUCUAGUUCUGAUGAUUCUUCAUCUUCUGGUGAUGCUUUUAUAACCACCACCACAUCAUCAUCAUCUUCUACUACAGCCACCACUUCACAUACAACCACAUUUAUGACAUCCUUCACGUCUACAUUAAGUGUAUCUCCUGAUACGACUAUAACUACCGUUGUUACUAUCCCCACAUCUGCCGUUGAAGCAGGUGCAACACCUCAAAGUACUGUCGAAAGAAAUUCUAAAUUAAUAGGAGGAUUAGUAGGUUCAGUAGGUGGUACUAUAGUCAUAGGAACAUUAGUAGUAUUAUUUCUUUUCUUGAAGAGGAGAAGACAACGGUCAUUUAAAAACCAAUCGCCUGAUUUUGAUGAUUCACCAGAAUUACCUCCAAAGGGAGGUUUAGCCAUGCUUUCCAGUGAUAGUGAUAGAUCUGGAAUGACAGAUUCUAAGUUUGGAUUUAAAAAGUUAUUUGGAUCCAAAUUAUUUACAGGAUCUACAACUAAUACUGCUUCCACUAUUGGAUUUGGUUCAGGUAUAGGUGCCGGUACAGCAGCUGCAGGAGGAUUUAUGGCAAGUAAUGAACCUGAAAGAUUAACUAAUUAUGGUACAACCGGUAAUACAACUACAGCUGCUGGUAAUAAUACUCAUGGAGAUUUUGAAUAUCGAGGAGUAGCUAAUAAUAAUAAUUUAGAUGCUUUAUUUAAAUCAUCUAAUUCAUCUCUGGGAUCUACUACUCGUCGUGCUUCAACUAAUUUCGGUAAGUCAACCCCAUCAUCCACUGCAUCCAAUACUUCUGAAGGUCGUAUUACUCGAUUAAAUUCUUUUGGACAUCCCCUAGCUGCUCCUGAUCAUUUUAAUUUCAAUGAAAGUGAAGAGUAUCAAAAUCAUCCUGAAGUUGUAGCUGGUAUACCCGCUGUAACUGUAGAAGAUUCACCAUUUCAAGAGCAUGAAGAAGUAUUUAAAUCAGACAGUUAUAACUAUGAUACCGAUACAGACUCUGGUUAUCAUGAUUCAGAUUAUGAUUUUGAACAUGAUGGAUUAGUUCAUCCUCAUGAUACUCGGAAUAUACUUAAUCCUCAUCAUGUAUUUGAUCCUAAUCAGGAAAUUGGCAGUAACAAUUCUCGGUCAUACUUCUCCGAGCAAAUUGAUUAA